CAGUCAGUCAGUGAGUGGAGAGUGAGUGCCAUGGACGCAGUGUGGGGAGUGUACAGUGUGGUGUUGUUACUGUGCUCCGUUAGAGCUCAGGAGCCCGCCGACAAUUCUGUGUAUGGGGAGGAGGACGAGGAGUGCCCAGUGACAGAGGAGGAGGACGGCAUUGCCUGCAAGAGUCACGGGGAGUGUGAGGCACUCGGCAGUCGCUGCUGCGGACCAGCGGGGCACAAGGUCUGCACCAGAACCAAACACAAAGUUGUAACUGAAGAGGAACAUACACCAUUCCUAGGCCUGAUUCCUCGUCAGUGUCCACGACACCCGGUGCCAGAGCCUCUACCUAUCCGCAACUGUUCAGAAGACAGAGACUGCUGGCCGAGACUGUGUUGUCCGGAUACUGCUGGGGACAGAAGCUUCUGUCGCACACCUGCGCCCGUGUGGGAUCGGCUUAGACUUCCACUGAGAAUAGUUACACCAAUGCGCAACAUGCUUGCGUACAUGCAGUGUACUCCGCCUCCUCCAGCAAUCUACGACUUGUUCCCCAAACAGUGUCGGUCUACACUUGACUGCUUCCCCAACCUCUGCUGUCAGGAGCAAGAUCGCAGAGUUUGUAGACCACCAAAAAAGUCAAUAUUAGCUCUGCUCUCCACUCUAGGGCAGAGACAAAGAAGACUAGACUGGUUUGGAUGAAGCAACAUCAUCUUGAAAAUCACAUUGAUGUACAUAUGUUAAUAAGUGUUGUAAAUAAAUUGUAAUUUAUUAUCACUCCA